GAAGUGAUGCAAAUCGUGUUUCUCGAUCGCUUUAAUCGGUUUUGGCUCUGAUUUCUGCAGAUGCAGAGGGGUGAUGCUUCUUUGAAACUCACUGUGCUUUGGUAACAUUUGUUCCGCCGCAGGACGCGAUGGAUCCGUCCAGGAGGAGCGAAAGUGACUGGCAGGGGCUGGUCAGUGAGUUCCUGGUUUGUAAGCGGAAGUUGGAGAGUAAGAAAGAAGCUCUUCUGAUUCUUUCUAAAGAGCUGGACACCUGUCAGCAGGAGAGGGAUCAGUACAAACUGAUGGCCAACCAGCUCCGUGAGCGACACCAGGGACUCAAGAAGAAGUACAGAGAGCUCAUUGAUGGAGAUCCUUCUCUGCCUCCAGAGAAAAGGAAUCAAGUGAAUUUAGCCCAGCUACUGACAGACUCCAGAGAGCGAAACUCUCAUCUGUCCGAGGAGGUGAAGGAGCUGAAACAGCGACUACUGGAAGCUCAAGGUGAUAACAAGCUUCUGCGGAUGACCAUCACCAAACAGAGGCUGGGAGACGAAGAGGUCGGCGCCCGACACUUUCCCGCGCAUGAGCGAGAAGAUCUGGUCAAACAGUUAGAAAGGGCGAGAGAGCAGAACGAGGUGCUGGAGAACAGCGUGAAGUCGCUCACGGAUGAGCUGCAGGAUGUUCGAGCAGAGCGGGACGUGUUUCAACAGAAGGCUCAUCGUCUCAAUGUGGAGAUGAACCACAUAGUAGGGAAUGAUGAUGUUCGCAUCUUAGACAUCGACGCGCUCUGCAUGGAGAACAGGUAUUUGCAUGAGCGACUUAAUCAACUUCAAGAAGAGGUCAACUUGCUCAAGACAAAUCUGCUGAAGUACAAGAGUGCCCUGGAGUGUAGGAAGACCUCUAAAAUCAGUGGAAAGCCCAACAGCAGUGCUCUGACUGGGGUGCUUUCUGCUAAACAAGUGAAGGAAUUGCUGCUGUCUGAAGAAAACGGCUGCAGUUUGCCGGUGACUCCUCAGUCCAUCUCAGACCUCAAAUCUCUCGCCACAGCUCUGCUGGAAACCAUCCACGAGAAAAACAUGGUGAUUCAGCACCAGCGCCAAAUCAACAAGAUUCUUGGAAAUCGAGUAGCCGAGCUGGAGAAGAAACUAAAAACACUGGAGAUGUCCGGCUUAUGGAGCCUUCCAGGCCUGACUUAUAAUGUGUCUCUGGGAAUAUGCGGAAGGGGAAGAGACUCCAUCAUCCUGAACACGCAGCUAGUGGAUUCGACCGAUCCAUCUGAUUCUCCGGGACAGAACGGUGACAAGAGAUCAAACAAACCAGCUGAGCACGAGAGCUCUCCAGAAGACCGUGUAACACCAGCUGCGUCAGAUUUUCAAGAUGACGCACCAACGCCAUCAUCGUGUGUCGAGGCCUCGAACCAAAACUGCUCACCACAGUUGGACGAGCAAGAGUCCUCAAGGCCUCAAACAGAAAUGCCAGCGAGUGAGGAGUGCCAGGAAAGUGACCAAUCACAAAGCACCGCAGUUUUUACCAGUUUUGCAACAGAAGAGGGUCUGAGUGACUCCAGUGCUGAUGUGAAAUACUUGAACAGACCUGAUCCCUCAGACCCCGGCCACUCACAGCAACUCUCAGAGAACUCAGUCCCAACAGCUGGAGGAGAGGAGGAGUCAGAUGAAUGCACUGUAGGGGGGGAAAGUGUUGAAACAGAGUGUAAUGUAAUAGAGAGAAAUAGUCACGUUACAUCCUCUACUACUGUGUCUACUACAGCCUCCGAAGAGCAGCAGGAGGACGUCCUGACUACCGCGGAUGUUUGCAGUAGUCAGGAGGAGUUGUGAUGUCGCACAGCAUUAGGAAAAAAAACAAAACUAAUUAAAGUAUUUACAAAAUCCACAAAGCUCUUUAAUUAUUUUUUUAAUAAUUCAAAAAUUAAAAAAGACUGAUAAACUAAUCUUUGGAAAAACCGCAUAUUAGAUUUCAGAUGAGUGUGAAUGAAUCAACAGUGACUCCUACCAAACUGAAAAGUAUUAACGAUACUCUUCAGAUGCUCUAAUGUUUCUCUGCUUUCACUCGGUCCAUUGUCCGAGUUCUGCACCACCUUUUGAACUGAUGUCAAUGUGACCAAAAGUAACUGGACACCUGUGAUUCGUCAUCCCCCCAAACCGUACUCACAGGAGUAAUAAUAUUCACUCCUGUGAGAGUUUCUCUGAGAGUUUUAAAACGUGGUUCAUUCAUUCACUCACACACAUGCAUAUCUGAUGUGGCAAAACAGUGAUUUCUCCUUAUUAAAUAAGUAGCAAAAAAGAUGCAUGCAUCGGUGCUGUAUAUGUUAUACUUAAAGGUUUCUUUCUGCUUUUGAAGGUAACAUUUACAGAGUUGUCUGCUUUAGGCGUAUGAAUUCUUUUGCUUAUUAAAUCACAUAAUAAAAAGGAGUUAAUGAUGAUCUUUUAAAUGACCUUUGUUAGGUCAUGAACUGGCUCAUUACUGUCAGGAAUUCAGCCCUGGCAUGAUUUAAUUCAGUCAUCAUGAGGAUAAAAGCAAUUUGACAAAGAUGACAGGAAGCACUGUGUGCUUGUUCUAAAUACGAUGUGCCCCACGUGAUCCAAGCACAAACCGACCUUCUGCUUUACUUAACAUUCGCGGCAUAUAAUCAGCAAAGCCGCAUAUGACAACACUGAGUUCAUGAGACUGUAUGAUGAUGUGAUAUGUCAACAAUGUAAAAGCUAACUCAAAUGGUUAAAAAUCUGAGACUACAUGUUCUAGUGGUGCUUUUUUUAUCACAUCAAAUAUUACGAAAUGGUCAGAUAAUGUACAGAACAAGCAAUAUGUUAUCAUAAAGUAUAAUAAAAAAUGGGGUUAUGAUCUGAGAGGAGAGCUAAAAAAAAAAAAAGGGUGAACAACAAAGAAGAGCUUGUUCAAAUUAACCUGUGCAGUGGAUUUGUGGAAUAAUAUGGAGAAGGGUUUUGAAAAUGUGCACAAAUAUAAAGUUUUAAGAAAUUAUACAUGGAAAAAAACCCACUUAUAAAGCAGUAUAUGGAAGCAGAGUAUUAAAUAUUAAACUCUGCGUGGAUAUUUGGGUUGAACACUGUGAGGUGAUAUGAUGGUUAUACUGUGGAAAAAAAUAAUAAUUGGAAAGCAUUUGCUUCCUUCUACUCCUUUUCGAACAGGAAAUGGUCAGUAUUUUAUGGGAGAUCAGUCUGUGGAGUUUAUUUAAUAUAAUGGCUUUCUUUAUUUCAUACCCAUUUUUUAAUAUUUAUUAACAUUUGUUACUUAUAUGUUGGAAAUAAAGAUUUCAUUCCUUUUAUUCAUUCAAAUAUGUGUUAAAUGCUAUAUGACAGCAUGUUACUGAGUAAAUAAAGACA